AUGACCAUUCGUAUUUUAAACGAUACUACUAUUCGUAAAUUACGUGCUUCUCUCAUAACUUGUUUAUCUCAAUGUGUUGCUGAAUUAGUCCAAAACAGUCUUGACGCUUCUGCUACCAGCAUAGAGAUUCAUGUUGAUGUAACCAAAUAUUUUAUCCAGAUUAUUGAUAAUGGAACAGGAAUCCCUCCAGACGAUAUGAAUAACAUUGGAAAGCGUUAUGCAACAUCUAAAUGUCACACAUUGGAUGAUUUGAAAAAUGUUACUACUUAUGGUUUUCGUGGAGAAGCUUUGGCAAAUAUUGCUGAACUUUCAAUUUUGGAAAUAAUAAGUAAACAUUCUAAUUGUUUUGACACAUAUUGCACCAUAAUUAAAGGUGGCAAUCGUCUUCAAUAUGGUCCAACUCGUAACAGCAAACGUAAAAUUCCUGGAACGGUCAUCAUAAUCAGAGAUCUAUUUUACUCCUAUCCAGUACGUAGAAAACAUAAAUCUGCUAAUUCAAUGAUCAACGAUUUAGAAAGUGUCAAAAGAACUAUAAACGUCAUGGCAUUAAUACAUCCAAAUGUCACAUUCACACUAGUCGACUCAUCAAAAGAUGCUAAAAUAAACCUUGAACCUGUUUAUAUUAAAGACCAUGAUUUCAAAGUUGAAGGAUUUAUUUCAUUAAAAGGUUUUCACACAAAGCAACAUCAAUAUUUUUAUGUCAACAAUCGUUAUAUGUCUUAUAACAAGAUAUACAAAUUAGUUAAUAUUUUGUUUAAUCAAAGUAGUUUUGCAAAAAAGAAUAAGGACGAACAAUCAUCUUCUUCAUCACGUUUAGAAUCUGAUUUAGAAUUGCUUUAUAAAUCUCGUAAAAGUCAUGUAACUAGAUCUUUAGAAAGAUAUUGUAUCUUUGUUAUUCAUCUCACUUGUCCUACAACGUAUUAUGAUAUAUGUUAUGAUUCUGAUAAAAGUGUCAUAGAAUUUGAGAGCUGGUCAAAAAUAUUUAACGUAAUAUCUAACCUAAUACAACAAUUUUUAAUAAAUCAUGGAUUUUUAAUGAAAGAAAUUCCAACAUCACAAAUUGAAAAUACCUUUUGUUGUUCUGGUGUUAAUAAUCCUAAUGACGAUAUUAAAAUGUCUACUGGCGGCGGCGGUGGUUAUAAACUUGAUUUACCGCCUUCUUUUGAAGAUGUCGCUCACGUAAAAAGUGGUGGAUUAAGACAAUACAAAUUUCAAGAUUCAGAACUUAAAGGAACGACUCCUCCUACUUUUACUGAUGCUGUUGCUACAAAACGAAAUGUCAAUAAUCCAAUUCAAAAUAUUUUUUUUAUUAAGAAAAAAAGUGGAAACACAUACAAAACUAUACCAAUUCGAUCAAUUAAUCGUCCAAAAUCCUCGAGCCAAUGUACGUCACAUAAUUCAAGUCAUCGCCACAGCUCUGAUAACAAAUCAGUUUCAUGGGCUCAAGAAAAAUUUCAGAAAUGGAAAAAUCCCGUAUUCAAAAGCUUGGAACCUCACAUCCCUUCAAUGAAAACUCUAGCACAAUCAUCUUCUUUUUCAUUACUGCCAGAAACUUCCAAAAAUCAUUUCUCGUUUAGUAAUUCUGCAAAAUUAAAUAUUUUAGAACAUCGGUUUAACAAACAUGAUCUCGAGUGCUCGGAAGUUAUUGGGCAAUUGGAUGAUAAAUUUAUUGUUUGUAAAUUGCCAUAUCAACAUGCUGCUGAUGAACGUGUUAGAGUCGAAAUGUUUAUGAAAGAAUUUUGUGAAUUUAAGCAAAUCAACAAUAUUGGCGGUGGCAAUGAUGACGACGAUGACGAAUUAAAAAUUUCUAUGGUUGGAACAGUUAAAUUUACCAGUUCGCCGAUUAAAAUUUUUUUAACUAAUCGAGAAGCAAAAGUUGCAUGGAGAUUUCAAAAAUAUUUUAAUAUCUGGGGAAUUUUUUUUACUGAUAAGCCAACAUUAUCAAAAGAAAAUGAUGAUAAAUUAAAAAAGGCAACAUGCGAAAAUCAAAAUAGUAGAAAAUCAAAUCAAACAUCAUUUUUAUCUACAACGCACCUCCACUCGUUCAUCAAUCCUGAUAAUGAUUGUUGUCCAAUUUUUAUCACUCACCUACCAAAAAUAAUUUUUGAUCGAUGCACUACUAGUAAUUUUACAUCUAAUAAUUCUACAUCUACUAUAAAUGACGGUAAUGGUAAUGAUGGUGUUAGUGAUUCACGUCUAAUUCAAGAACUUGUGCGUCAACAUUUAUACUGGUUAGAAGAGAUAGGUGGUAUAGGAUUGGGAGGAUUCGUCAACAAUUAUAAUGAUGAUAAUUGUCAACUUCAUUAUGAGCAGCAACGACAACUAAAAUGGCAAUUUAUGAUUAGAACAUGUCCAAGAGGUAUUUUAGAUAUAAUAAAUUCAAAAGCUUGUAGAGGUGCUAUAAUGUUUAAUGACAAGUUAUCAUUGGAUCAGUGUAAAGAGUUGAUAGCUAAACUUUCUAAAUGUGAAUUUCCAUUUCAAUGUGCACAUGGAAGACCUUCUAUGAUCCCAAUAUUAAAUUUAGAAGGCAUUCAACAACAAUUUCACGAACAGCAACAACUACUACUGAAUAAACAAAAACAAUCAGUUUCAUCGUAUAAACAAAAUUUAUUUACAAAUGAAAUUUAUAAUCACCAUCAUUUGAAUGUUGAGUCUUCUUCUUUCGCUAUAAAUAAAGUUGUUGAAAAUGGAAAAUUUGGUAGUUGGAAAAAAAGAAAAAUUAAUCUAGAUAGAUACCAUACGUUAUUUAACUAG